UGAAGUGCUUUCUGCCUAGUGAGGGUCCCAGGAUGUCUAGCUUCUGAUACUAAGGAGCCCUUUCAGAUCCAGGGACUGAAGGGUUAUUACUGUGGUGCUAGAGCUAUGCAGCUGGAGCAUUGUCUUUCUCCCUCUAUCAUGCUCUCCAAGAAAUUUCUCAAUGUGAGCAGCAGUUACCCACAUGCAGGCGGAUCUGAGCUUGCCUUGCAUGAUCAUCCCAUUAUCUCGACCACUGACAACCUGGAGAGAAGUUCACCUUUGAAAAAAAUUACCAGGGGGAUGACGAAUCAGUCAGAUACAGACAAUUUUCCUGACUCCAAGGACACACCAGGGGACGUCCAGAGAAAUAAACUCUCUCCCGUCUUGGACGGGGUCUCUGAGCUUCGUCACAGUUUCGAUGGAUCUGCUGCAGAUCGCUAUCUGCUCUCUCAGUCCAGCCAGCCCCAGUCUGCUGCCUCUGCUCCUAGUACCAUGUUCCCUUAUCCCAGCCAGCAUGGACCUGCUCACCCAGCCUUCUCCAUCGCCAGCCCCAGCCGCUACAUGGCUCACCAUCCUGUGAUCACCAACGGAGCUUAUAACAGCCUCCUGUCCAACUCUUCUCCGCAAGGCUACCCCACGGCGGGCUACCCGUACCCCCAGCAGUAUGGCCAUUCCUACCAAGGGGCACCUUUCUACCAGUUCUCCUCCACCCAGCCGGGGCUGGUUCCUGGCAAGGCUCAGGUCUACCUGUGCAACAGGCCACUCUGGCUGAAAUUUCACCGGCACCAGACGGAGAUGAUCAUCACGAAGCAGGGAAGGCGCAUGUUCCCUUUCCUAAGCUUUAAUAUUUCUGGUCUCGACCCCACGGCUCACUACAAUAUUUUUGUGGAUGUAAUUUUGGCGGAUCCCAACCACUGGAGAUUUCAGGGAGGCAAAUGGGUUCCUUGCGGCAAGGCGGACACCAAUGUACAAGGAAACCGGGUUUACAUGCACCCCGACUCCCCCAACACGGGAGCCCACUGGAUGCGCCAGGAAAUCUCCUUUGGGAAACUAAAACUUACAAACAAUAAAGGAGCAUCAAACAACAACGGACAGAUGGUGGUUUUGCAGUCCCUCCACAAGUACCAGCCCCGCUUGCAUGUGGUGGAGGUGAACGAAGAUGGGACAGAGGAUACCAACCAGCCGGGCAGAGUGCAGACCUUCACCUUCCCUGAGACCCAGUUCAUAGCAGUCACCGCCUACCAAAACACCGAUAUCACACAGCUGAAAAUAGAUCACAACCCUUUCGCAAAAGGAUUCCGAGACAAUUAUGACACGAUCUACACGGGCUGCGACAUGGACCGGCUGACGCCUUCCCCCAACGACUCGCCCCGCUCGCAGAUCGUGCCCGGGGCCCGCUACGCCAUGGCCGGCUCCUUCCUCCAGGACCAGUUCGUGAGUAACUACGCCAAGUCCCGCUUCCACCCCGGGGCAGGAGCCGGCCCGGGGCCCGGCGCCGACCGCAGCGUGCCCCACACCAACGGGCUGCUCUCCCCACAGCAAGCCGAGGACCCGGGGGCCCCCUCGCCGCAGCGCUGGUUCGUCGCCCCCGCCAACAACCGCCUCGACUUCGCCGCCUCCGCCUACGACACGGCCACCGACUUCGCCGGCAACGCGGCCACGCUGCUGUCCUACGCGGCCGCGGGAGUCAAGGCGCUGCCGCUGCAGGCGGCCGGCUGCGCCGGGCGGCCGCUGGGCUACUAUGCCGACCCCUCGGGCUGGGGGGCCCGCAGCCCCCCGCAGUACUGCAGCAAGUCGGGCUCCGUGCUCUCCUGCUGGCCCAACAGCGCGGCGGCGGCGCGCAUGGCCGCCGGCAAUCCCUACCUGGGGGAGGAGGCGGAGAGCCUGGCCCCCGAGCGGUCCCCUUUGCCGGGCGCCGAGGACUCCAAGCCCAAAGAUUUGUCCGACUCCAGCUGGAUCGAGACGCCGUCGUCCAUUAAAUCCAUCGACUCCUCUGAUUCUGGGAUUUACGAGCAGGCCAAAAGGAGGCGGAUCUCCCCCUCGGACACCCCGGUGUCCGAGAGCUCCUCGCCCCUCAAGAGCGAGGUGCUUACCCAGCGGGACUGCGAAAAGACCUGCGCCAAGGACAUCGGCUACUACGGCUUCUACUCGCACAGCUAGGCGCGGCCGCCGGCCCGCCGUCCUUUUGCACAAUAACUCCUCUGCGUUAGCGCACUGACCCCCGCCCCUGAUGCCCCAUCCGUGCCCCGGCCCGGCCCG